AUGGUGGCAGAAACCAAGCUCUACGAUUCUUUGAGCAUUAAACCUGAUGCUUCUCAAGAUGAUAUCAGAAAGGCAUACCGGAAGGCUGCAUUGAAGUACCAUCCGGACAAGAACAAAGACAACCCGACUGCUUCUGAGAAGUUUAAAGAGGUUUCUCAAGCCUACGAAGUCCUGUCCGACCCCGAAAAACGCAAGGUCUAUGACCAAUUCGGUCUCGAGUAUCUCCUUCGCGGGGGUCCUGCCCCAUCACCCGGCGGUGCCGCGGGUGGCAGCCCCUUCGAAGGUGGGAUGCCAGGAGGAUUCGCAUUUGGCGGCAUGCCUGGCGGUGGUGGUACCCGUACAUUCCAUUUCUCAACUGGUCCCGGUGGAGGCGGGUCAGGCUUCCGCUUCAGCUCUGCAGAUGAUAUUUUCCGCAACUUCGCCAAGGCAAGUGGUGGUGGCGGUGGCAUGGGUAUGGAUGAUGAUGAUCUCUUUUCCAUGCUGGGAGGUGGCCUAGGCGGCGGAAACGGUCGCAAUUUCCGAUCGAGCCGUGGACCUAGUGGGUUCCAGCAAUCCAGACGCGCGCCUGCCCCGGAACCUACCGUGAUGGAGAAGGAACUGCCGCUGACUCUGGAGGAAUUGAUGCAUGGCACGACCAAGAAGGUUAUCGUCAAGAGCAAGACUUUCGAUGCCAGCGGGAAACGGACCGUUCAGGACGUCACCCUGGAAGCCAACAUCAAGCCAGGUCUGCGGACUGGGUCGAAGAUCAAGUACCGAGGUGUAGGUGACCAGGAAGAAGGUGGCAGGCAAGAUGUGCAUCUUAUUGUCACAGAAAAAGAGAACCCCAAUUUCAAACGGCAAGGAGACAACCUCAUCACAACGGUCGAGCUCAGUCUCAAGGAAGCUCUCACCGGCUGGGAAAGAAUUGUACGCACGAUCGACGGAAAAUCAAUCCGAGUCUCCAAGCCCGGCCCGACACAGCCUGGACACGAAGAAAGGUUUCCUAGCCUGGGUAUGACGAUAUCGAAGAAACCUAGCGAGCGGGGUGACCUUAUCGUCCGAGUCAAUGUGAAAUUCCCAACCAGCUUGACCUCAUCUGAGAAGGAUAUUCUAAGGGAUGUGCUUCCAUAA